UUUUGAGCCCAAGGUUGCACAUGACUGGUCCUGUUGCACAUGACUGGUCCUUGAUGGACGCGUCAAGUGGGUGUGUGAGGAAACGUAGGGUACACGUGUGUGAAAAUGGAGUGGGAGUUGUUCGGAUGACAAGUGCUAGCAUUCCCUACUCAUCGGUGACACGUGUGAAUAUGAGUUUGAGCUUGAAAGACUGUGAGGAGGUGUGCUUGAAGAAUUGUUCUUAUAAUGGUUACACGAGUGGCUGAUAUAAGUGGAGAAGGGAGUGGGAGUGGGUGUGUUACUUGGCAACGCACCGGUGUGUUACUUGGCAUGGUGCGUUGGUGGAUACAAGAGUGUUUUAAAAUUGAGGCUAGGAUAUAUACACGUGUUAAUGCAGUUGAAGUAGCUCAAUAUUCCAAGUUGAAAGGCAAUAAUGGCAAGAAGGCGACGGUGGCCAUUCUGGUACUGUCUGUUGUUGUUGGGUCAUUUCUCACAAUCUUCUUAGCAUAUUGGUUUGAGAUGAAGAAGAGGAAAGUACGAUGUCACAGCAUGAGGAAACCAGGGAAGUUGGCCUUAGGCCGACUAGGGGUGAUGUUGGCGAGAGCUCCAGCUCUAAUCCGGAUGAGCUAAAUGAUGAUGACACACUUCUUAGGGACUUGAUUCCCCCAAGAUUUAUCCCCACAAGGAGGAAAAAUGUUGAAGCACCCGUAGAAGUGGGUAAAGGUUCUAUGGCACUGGAGUUGAAUUGUUUGUUGCAAAGUGCCGUGAGGGCAAUGAUUGCGGCUCAAUCGCAGUCGGCACCACAACCUACAGUUCAAGUUGAGGAGACGCCAGCUCAGAAGCGUCUUAAGAUCAUUAAGGGGUUCUCUCAAUUGAUGCCAGUCAUGUUUGAGGGUGGUGCGGAUCCAAUGGUAGCAGAAGACUACAUGGAUCAAGUUAAGACUCAGUUGACCUCCAUGGAUAUGACAGAGGAUCACUUGAAGAUCAUCCUAGCAACUUACAAGUUUGCUAAAGAUGUUAAGCUCUGGUGGAAGUCAGUUAUAAGUCGGUAUAAGGUGGAAGAAAUGAGUUGGGACAAGUUUAAGGAAUUGUUUUAUGAAAAGUACUUUCUGAUUUCUAAAAGAUGGGAGCUAAAAGAUCAGUUUCUGGGCCUUAUCCAAGGCAACAUGUCAGUGGCAGAGUAUGAGAACAAAUACACUUUACUUUCUCGCUUCGUUCCGGAAAUGGUAAAGGAUGAAGUCGACAAGACUCAGAAGUUUGUUUCCGAUCUUAAUGAAAGAAUAAAGCCGUUGAUAAUGGCACAAUUUAUCAAGGUUUAUUCUGAAGCAGUGGAAAGGGCUUUAAUGCUGGAGGCUGACAUUAAAGAUAAGGACGAGAAAAGAGAGCAGUGGAAGCAAAAGAGGGGUGCAGGGCUAUCAUCAGAAGGAUUUUCUUGGAAGAAGAACAAGGGUGGUUCGUUUCAGUUUCAGGGGCAGCAAUCUGCACGAUUUGCUCCUACCACUCCUAUGCCAGUUGGAUCUGACAAGAGUGGAGUUGUUUGUCUUCAGUGUCAGCAGCUAGGGCAUUACAAGUCCAGUUGCCCUAUGAGAUCAUCUUCAGUUUCUUCAGCUCCAAAGGCUCGUUGUGGGUGUGGCCAGCAGGGUCACUUGCUUCGAGAUUGUCUGAGUCAGGGAGUAGGUACUGGCAGUGGCAGAGGAUCAUGAGAGAGACCGUCACAGUCGGCUAUAGUGCAGUCAGGGUUCAGACCGCCACCACCACAGCCUGCUAUGUCUUCUCAGGGUUCACGACCUGUUAGGAGGGAUGCCCCUACUGUGUCGGUGCAGCAAUCCAGUAUUCAGGGUGGCAGUUCUCAGGCACAAGUACAGCAAGGCCGUGUCUUUGCACUUGCAUUGGCUGAUGCAUCUUCUGGAGCGUCAGUUCUUUGAGGUAUCUUUCCAGUGUUUGGUUCUUGGGCUCGCAUUCUUUUUGACUUUGGUGCAUCUCAUUCCUUCAUUUCAUCAUCAUUUGCACUUGCAUUGGAGUUAGAGGUUAGUUUCAUGGAUGAGGCGUUGUGUGUUGAUACACCAGUUGGGGUUUCAGUGUCUUUGAAUCGAGUUGUGCGGAAUUGUUCCAUUGUGAUCGUUGGACGGACUUUUGUGUUUGACCUUAUCUUUCUGGAGAUGACUAGUUUUGAUGUCAUUCUCGGGAUGGAUUGGUUUGCUUUCUUUCGUGCCACAAUCGACUGUUACAGAGGAAGAGUCACAGUUCGCACUCCUGAGGGAGACUGUUUCUUUUUCGUGGGGGAUCGGAGUGAUUCCCAACCUUCAUCAUUGUAUAGACUUCGAGAACGAAGUCGUGGAGACUAUUUCUUGGCUAGUCUUCUAGCUGAAGAAGAUGAUGUUGUAGGAGAAGACUAUCCAGAGGUAGUUCGUGAUUUUCUGGAUGUGUUUCCGGAGGAUUUGACAGAGUUACCUCUACACCGAGAAGUGGAGUUUACGAUUGAUUUGAUGCCCGGUACCACACCAAUUUCUGUGGCACCGUAUUGUAUGGCACCCAUUGAAUUGGAAGAGUUGAAGAAGCAGUUUGAUGAUUUGAAGAUGAAAGGUUUCAUCCGACCAAGUGUGUCGCUGUGGGGCGCACCAGUCUUGUUUGCUAAGAAGAAAGAUGGUUCUUUGAGGUUGUGCAUUGAUUACCAAAAAUUGAAUCACGCCACCAUCAAGAACAAGUAUCAUUUGCCAAGGAUAGACGAUUUGUUUGACCAGUUGAGGGGAGCUAGUUGUUUCUCGAAGAUUGACUUAAGGUCAGGCUAUUAUCAGUUACGGGUUAGGGAUGAGGAUAUCCCAAAAAUAGCGUUCCGUAUACGAUAUGAACACUAUGAGUUCCUUGUUAUGCCUUUUGGCUUGACUAAUGCGCCAGCGGCAUUCAUGGACUUGAUGAACCGCGUCUUUUAUGAUUACUUGGAUCAGUUUGUGGUAGUUUUCGUGGACGACAUUCUUGUGUACUCACGGACUCGAGAGGAGCACGAGAUCCAUUUGAGUACUGUUCUACAGAUUUUAUGAGAACACCAAUUGUAUGCCAAAUAUGAGAAGUGCGAGUUUUAGCUACAAGACGUGAAGUUUUUGGGACACGUUGUUUCGGAAGAUGGAGUGUCGGUUGAUCCAUCAAAGGUUGAUACUGUCUUGAAUUGGGAGCAACCUAAGAAUGUGUUUGAGAUCCGGAGUUUUCUUGGUUUAGCGGGUUAUUAUCAGAGAUUUGUGAAAGAUUUCUCUCGUUUGGCAGCUUCUAUGACCCGUUUGACCCUAAAAGGAAUCAAGUUUGUGUGGAAUGAAGCCUAUGAGUCAUCUUUUGGUGAUACCUGAGCGUAGCUUGGGUUAUGUGAUCUAUUGUGAUGCUUCACGUGAUGGGUUGGGAUGCGUGUUGAUGCAGGAUGGUAGAGUAGUGGCUUAUGGGUUUCGACAGUUAAAGACUCAUGAGUACAACUACCCUACUCAUAAUCUGAAGUUAACGGCAGUUGUGUUUGCACUGAAGUAUUGGAGAUACUAUUUAUAUGGUGAGAGAUUCAAGGUAUUCUCGGAUUACAAGAGUCUCAAGUACCUUUUCUCCCCAAAGGACUUGAAUAACAGACAGAGAAGAUGGGUUGAGUUCUUGGAAGAUUACAAUUUUGAUCUGCAGUAUCAUCCGGGUAAGGCAAAUGUAGUAGCGGAUGCCUUGAGUCGGAAAUCUCGUGGAACUUUGGCUGGAUUAGCUAUUCGAAAAUGGAAGAUGCUUAAUGAUCUGGCGGAGAUGGGAUUGUAUUGUGUUGACGACGAUGGUUGCGGUGAAUCGGAAUUUUUGUUUAGUCUUGUGGCUCAGCCUACUCUUGUUGUGCAAGUGAUUGAGUCACAGAGAUAGGAUUCUGAUUUGGACGCCAUUCACACUUUAAUCUCCAGUGGUGAGACAGUGAAAGAUUGGACCUUGCAUGCAAAUGGGGGUCUACGGUUUAGGGGUUUGUUAGUGGUUCCCACAGUUUGUCGUAAGGACAUCUUACGGGAGUUUCACACUUCCCGCUUUGCAGUUCAUCUAGGUGGUACCAAGAUGUAUCACAAUUUGAGGCGUCAGUAUUGGUGAAACGAGAUGAAAAAGGAUGUUGCACAAUUUGUGGCAAAGUGCCUUACCUGUCAAUAGGUGAAGGCCGAGCAUCAGAAACCAGCUGGGUUGUUGCAACCAUUGCCUGUAGCGCAGUGGAAAUAGGAACAUAUUGCUAUGAAUUUUGUGAUAGGCCUUCCAAGGUCACGGAGAGACAAUGAGGCCGUAUGGGUUAUCAUUGAUAGACUAACCAAGACGGCUCACUUUUUGCCUAUCAAAGCAACAGAUGAUGCAGAGGCACUUGGUAAUCUUUAUGUAAAGGAGAUUGUAAGGUUACAUGGAGUCCCAGUAACCAUUGUCUCAAAUAAGGAUGCCAAGUUCACUUCGAAGUUCUAGGAAGGACUUCAAGUAGCGUUUGACUCAGCGUUGGACCUUACUACGGCAUUCCAUCCACAGACGGACGGCCAGUCGGAACGUACCAUCCAGAUUUUGGAGGAUAUGCUUCGGGCAUGUGUACUUGACUUGGGUGGUAGUUGGGAAGAUUAUCUACCGCUUAUUGAGUUUGCCUACAACAACAGUUAUCAGACGAGCAUCGAGAUGGCUCCAUUUGAGGCGUUGUACAGCAGACCUUGUAGGUUUCCAGUUUGUUGGAUGGAGGUGGGCGAGACAGCCGCCUUAGGACCUGACAUUGUACUCGAGACCACCGAGAAGAUUAAAUUGAUCCGACAGAGAUUGCUCACAGCUCAGAGCUGAUAGAAGAGCUAUACAGAUAGACGGCGACGAUCGUUAACUUUUGAGGUGGGAGACCAUGUUUUUUUGCGGGUUUCUCCAUGGAAAUGAUUGAUGAGAUUUGGAAAAAGUGGCAAGUUGUCGCCACGGUUCAUUGGACCAUUUGAGAUUUUGGACCGCGUGGGAGAGGUGGCCUAUAGACUUGCAUUGCCACCACAGAUGGACAGGGUUCACAAUGUUUUUCAUGUGUCGAUACUGCGAAAGUAUGAACCAGAUCCAUCUCACAUUUUGGAUUGGGUUGAUGUAGAUGUCGAUGAAGAUGUCUCCUAUAAAGAGGGACCAGUGCAGAUCCUUGACACACGACAAAAGGUGUUAAGGGGUAAGAUAAUAUCGCUAGUGAAAGUUCUUUGGCGACACCAUGGAGUCGAGGAAGCUACUUGGGAGGUUGAGCAAGAGGUUCGCUCCAAGUAUCCGAUGUUGUUUUCUUCCUCAGGUAUGGCCUAAUUUCGGAGACGAAAUCCUUUUAAGUUGGGGAGAUUAUGAUGUUUCUAAUUUUCAACAUUUUUCUUUUCCGGACUUCCGUUGAUGCAAAGGUAUUUUUGUGAUUUCACGUUUUGCGUACGGGAUUGUGGUUGGGUCCAAUUGCAUUUUGUGCAUUUUAAUUUAUAUGAUCAUGUGGUGUUUACUUAGUGGUGCAUGUAUUUUAAUGUGUGGUGCAAAUUGAGACAAAAGAUAAAGAGAAAAGAAAUAAAAUUUGUGGGACCCUUCACUAUAGUUAAAGUGGUCUAGAGACCACAAUUCUGCCUUCUCAUUUCUCUCUCCUUUAGCUUCAUUCUCUCUCUCAUUUUCCUUCAUUUCAUUUGAGAAACAAACUUUGGAUCUUGAUUUCUCCUUCAAUCUUUGAAGAUUUUGAAUGUCGUUUGAGGCAAAAUGGAGAGCACGACGAGCUCUACACGUUCAUACCAACAAUUCCAACUUUGAGCCUCCCUAGGGAAUUCGAAAUUAGGGACCCAUUUUAAGGGUUUUGCAUCAACUUGAGAUAGGGGCUUCCUAAUCCGCAUAUUCUUGCACUUUUGUGAGUCAAAUUACUUGAAUUGUGACUUAGCAUGCUUAUUUGUGCUAAUUGUAGUUUGAAAUGAUUUAAUUGUGUAUAUAUGGUUAUGUGAGGACAUGUAUUAAAUGUGUUAUGUGGAAAGCAUGCUUAUAUGAUGAAUUUAUAUGCUUAUUAUGUUGUUUAUAUGCUAUAUAUGAUGGAUGAAGGCAUGCUUUGUUGUGUCAUGUGAGAAUCCUUUAUUAUUAAAGCAUUAAAAGUAUGAGACAUGCAUGUAAGUCAUUGGGUUUCAUGAUGGGUAAUGUUUUGGAUAAAGUAAAAAGGGGAUUUCCGGGAGAAAAUUGUUUUGAAUCGGUUUUGAGAAAACCCGGUUGCCGAGGGGGUACCAAAGGGCCGGAGUGUUAAUAUAGCCUAGAGGGAACUAGGGUGUCACCCUAGCGUGAUUGAGCUAGCUGGGCCCCAUUAAGACGCCGCGAGGGUACCAAGGGUCAGGGACACUAGCCAAUCAUUUUCUCGUGUCGCUGCGGGGUCACCAAAGGGCGGGUUAUAUUAACAGUUUGAAAGUGAUGAUUUUAAAUGUGAAAAAAAAAUGAGGAGCGACAUCGGCAUGCAUUGCAUCCCCAUUGCAUUAUAUUAUUUAUGUUGAGAUUGGAAACCAUGUUGUAAAUUUCCCGACAUUGUAUGACCCCAUUUUCCAUGGUUCUAUUCUUUGUUUUGGAUUCACAGGGACUUAAGAGGUGCGUCUUAGGCGCCACUUACUGAGCAAAUUGCUCACCCCACCAUAUUUAAAUUCU